UGCCAGAUGCAGCGUCCUCACCUUCGCCUUCCUUGACGUGGACGUCCUUCCAGAAGCGCUUCGCGAGCAUGCUCUUGGGCUUGUUGGAGGGUGAAUAGAUCUCGCGCAUCUCGCGAGCCUGCUUCAUCAUGUCCGCCUGCUUCCUCUUCCUCGCAACCCGAGCUGAUGCAUCAGAAGGCUCUGCCGAGGGUGUCUCUGGCGGAGGACCAGGCACUGAGGGAUGCGACAAUGGCGUUGCUCGUCGAGCCGCAGAGGUAUGGAGGCAUUGAUAGAGGGGGCGGUAGGCUCUUCGCGGGGCUGACAGACGCAGCGUUGCAAGUGCUGGGCGAAUUGACUCCAUGGCGGACACCAGAGCACAAAAAGAAGAGGAGGGCUGAUGGGAUGGUUAAUUCACUAGUAGUGGUAGAUGUUGUAUUGACCGCCCGUGGACUUUUCGAGGCUGCGCUCGGUUCACAUAGCGCAUCUGUCCAACCCCCCGUCUCUUCUCCGCAGCACUCCCGUCCACCCUGCAUGCACGCCUCCUCUCGGGGUCCUGCCGACCGAGCACAGCACCAGCUCCAGCACCAGCAACUCUGCCGAUCGCUCGUCGCCAGCGCCUACGCCUGCGAACAUGCACUCGCUGCUCCACAACUAUCCCCGUUUCUCUGCAGAAUCCCCGCCGUCUCACUACAAGCACGUCUCGACCUAGCCCCGCUCGAGCCACGAGUGUAGGCCUCCGAUGUGGGCGACAUCCGUCUGAUCUACCUCCGGCCAAGCGCUUGCUUUCAUGAGUCAAAAGCCUAUCCGCUUCGUGACAAACCACGAUGGCCCCUACGCGAAGAGGCGCAGGAUAAACUCCGCUUGCCUCACCUGCCGUCGCAAGAAGACGCGCUGUUCGGGUGAGCAGCCCCACGAGAUGCGCGUGACCAACUA